CAGAUUAAUUAGUUUUAAAGUUAUUAACUUUCCCUUAAUGACCUUCAUUUUUACAGGGUAUUGUAAAGGUUACUGUAUUAAAGUCUUUAUCAUGGACUGAGUUUUAACAGGUUUUAUCAUAUUUCUUAUAAUAACAAAGUUUAGAUUAUUCGAUUUUACGAAGAACACUUUUUAGAAUAUACAUUUCGUUAAAAUUGAAGGGAUGGGAAGUGGGAGGGGUAUAGACCUAUAUCCAGUAACUGGUGCUUAAUUUUGUCCAAGUAAUGGUAUUAUUAUUGAUACCAAAACUUUCAUGAGCAAUCUUUUAAAAAACAAAACAGACACCUGGGAACAAAAGCACGAUGAAACCAUAUGAUAUCAAAUUGAAUAUAAAUAUAAUCACCGGGGUAUGUAACAUUGUUUUCAGAGAGGGGAGGCAAGGUGAAGUUAACUUCACAAUUAUUGUCAGAAAAUUCUUGAAAAAUAUAACAAGACCUAAAAGCUCCAAAUCCUAAAUCGUGAAGGGGGGAGGGGAGAGGUUAGUCCUGAAAUUUAUUUAAUUGGUUCCAUCAUAUUUUCCCUAUAAUUCAAUACUACUAUAUAGAAUAGGAGGCAGUCUAUAGAUCAAACUUUGCUUUUUAAAAUAACCAUCUUAGCAUGUAAUAAUAACAGAAAAAGUACAGAAAAAAUAGGUCACCUCCGUUCCUUUUUCUCUCUCUCUCUCUCUCUUAAUUGUUACGUGCUUGAUGAUUUUUGUGUGUGUACUUUUGGUUAAGUUGAUUUACACAAACAUUAAUUUUCAAAAGAUUGAAUCACUCGCGUACGUUGGAAAACAUAUUUCAACAGAAAAAUUACAUUAGAGACACGGAUUCGAUAUACUUUUAAAACAUGUUCCGUUCAUUGACACUUGGUGUACUUAUUUUUGUACACAGUGUGGAAGGAUUACAAGUUAAUUAUUGGAUGCGUUGGUUGCACAUGUAAUUUCUGGCAUAAUCAUUGUUGUAUUUUGGCUGUUGAUAAUAUUGAUAAAAAGUAAUAAUUAUUAUUCUGAUUUAAAGAGAGAUAACAUGGACUGCGAAAAAUCACAUAUGGAACACAUGAAUAUAAUAAAUGACUAAGAAUUCUGUACAGUCAUAUCAUUCGUCAGUAAUUACACUUAAUUUCUACAAAAAAAAUUACAUGGGGAUAUAUAGGAAACAUUUUCAAAAUCUCCUGAACAAUUAGGCCAUGAUUAGUCAUAUCAAUAUGCAAACAUCCUUAGGUAGUGUAGAUUCAAGAUUAUGGCCCCGGGGGUGAGGUGGGGCCACAAUAGGGGAACAAAUUUGUGAUAUUAAUAUGCAGUGGAAACUUGAGAUAUCAUAUUCACAUCUGGUUUAUCCAAGGGUGCGUGUUUGCCCAACUCUCUAUUUUGUAUUGCUUAUAGGAGUUAUGAGAUUGAUCACUGUUCGUUAUCUUCACCUCCAAGCGCAACAAUACAUCGUUACUCAUAUUUAAAAUAUGCAAACAUCAACAGAUAGUACAGAUUUGCGUAUUUUAAAACCAUGGUCCCCAGGGGUAGGGUGGGGCUACAGUAGGGAAUAAAAGUUUGACAUGCGAAUAUAUAGGAUAAAUCCUUUCAAAAUUCUUCACAAAAACAGUGCCACAGAUUUGCAAUUGGUGGCAUCUUUUAAAAAUAUUCUCAAGACGGACUGGAUAUUCGAAAUCGUUCAAAUCACGACCCCAGGGGUAGGGUAGGGACAUGAUAGGAGAACAAAGUUAAUUUUGUUUUAAAAAGUCUUUUCAAGACCAGCAGGGUCAUGAUUUGUCAUCAUUAUUAUACAAAUAUCCUCAGGUAGUGCGGAUUCAAUUUUCAUUUUAUUCAAAUCAUAGACCAGAGGAGGAUGCAUGAUGGGACCUCAAUAGGGGAUCACAGUUAUACAUUGGAAUCCAUAUAAUACUUAUCAAGAACCCAUUCCAAUGUAGUGCAUAUUCAUGCUUAAUGUUGGCUUUAAAUAGGAAAUAUUUCGUAGGGAUCCAGUUUAGAAUAGGUCCCCAGUCCUCCUUGCUUGCUGUAAGAGGCGACUAAUUGGGGCGGUCCUUCGGAUUAGACCGCAAAAACCUAGGUCCCGUGUCACAGCAGGUGUGGCACGAUAAAGAUCUCUCCCUGUUUAAGGCCAUGACCGCCGAUCAUAGGCCUAAAUUUUGCAGCCGUUCAUCGGUAAUGUUGAUGUUUCCAUAUGAGUGAAAUAUUUUCGAGAUGACGUUAAAUAAUAUUCAAUCAAUCAAUCAAUUAAAUUGGAAAUAUACGUUUUAGAUUAAAAGAUAAAGACAAUGUUGAAGAAAUUAUUCUAUGAAUGACAUUACAUCAUAUCAAUAUGCAAAGUUUCUUAUUUCAUGUGUUUUAUAUGGACCCUGGGGUGAUGUUGGGGCUAUCACUGGGACAAAAUUUUACAUAGAACAUGAAUAUAGGGAGAUAAUCUUAAAAUAAGCGUCUUCUCCAGAACAGCAAGGCCAUCCUCGUAAUGUUGAUACUGAAGCAUCCCUAUCUUGUGUGGAUUCUGGUUCAGUUAAGUCAUAACCCCAUAGGACUAAGUUGAGGUCAUACUAUGAGGUCAAAAUUUGUCAUUGGAUUUAAAAGGGUAAAAAUCUUCUGAAGAACACCACAGCUUUGGUUGACUCAGGUUUGAGCAUUGUGGCCCAUUGGCGUUUUGAUUAAGGUGGUGACUUUUGCUAUACUCAUUGUAAAAAAAACGUGAAACAGAAGAAGUGAUAGAAAAACUUCCCCUAUCACCAUGCUUUUAUUUACACGAAAGUGAUGGACUAACGUAGGCAUGUUACUGUUCAAGAGAAGGAUGAUGAGUCUGUGAUGUAACAAUGGCAGAUGGACUUAGUCCAAUUCCAUAUGAUACAUCUUCCACAAUCAUAAUGAUUUAGAUUAUCAUCAUUAGUGAAAUUUUGUUUCUGUUGAAGUACGUGUUAUUUGCAAAUGGAGAGUUACACAAGUGACUAAAUAUGGACAAUUUAUAGAAAGGGACACUCAAAACUUGCAAAGCGGGUCAGGGUGAAAUUUGGCGACCGAAAUUUUGAAAGCAUUUCUAAUUAAAGAAAUCAAAAGUACCCUUUGUUUAACACUUUCUGUAUAAUUCCAGUGACUUUAGAUAAAAUAAUCAUUACAUUAAUUGUAUUAUAAUCUUAUUCAGGCGACAACAGUCAGAUACAAAUCGAAAAAUAAAUAAAACUUUCUAAAUAAAACUUUUUUCAGAUCAUUCCUUUAAUACUUUUUAGAGCUUCAUUUUCAUACACUUCCAUACAAAUUGUUUAUUUCCCGAAUAAAAAGAAAUUAAUUCAAUGUGGUUGUAAUACGUUUGUCGUUGUUGAAUAUUGAUUAAUGUAUAGAACCCCUUUUCCCCAUAACCGGUGUUCUAGAACUAAAUGCAUGCGCUGAUAAAAACUUCUUGAAACCGUCAGCAAAUACAUGUAUAUAUUUAUUUGAAUAUGUUUGUAAACUCUUUUUCUCUUCCGACAAUUAAAAUCCAAUGAUAACCAAAAAAUUCUUUCCCCAUUUUCAUCUUGGAUACGAUGUAGAUAGUGUAAUAGUAAACAAGUAAGUACUUAAAACACGAGUUUCAUAAACAAGCUAUCCGUAAUAUACUGUGCAUGUACCUGUUUAAGCGGGAUUAAAAUUCUAACGUCUUUGACAGUGAAACAAAAGCGCUAACAUAUUGUUGUACUAAAUAUGAAAAUAUCGAUUCAUCCAUUAUCGAACACAUAACACGUGUUGAAUUAUGAUUACACCACAUACACAAUCAGUAUUUUAUAAGUAUGCAGAAUUGUAUUUCUACUAAACUGAAACAUGCCUGUGCCAGUUGUCUAUGUAAUAUUGCACACGAUUUAUAUCGAUCAAAGUGCUACCCGUCUUGGGUUUUAAAUUUAUAAUUACAGGUUUUCUGUUUUGUCUUUAUGACAAGCCGUAGAAUUUUCAGUAGGGAAUACCUUGGUCGAUAAAUAGGGCAGAUAUCCUUUUGUUAUCAGUCGCUUUAUUUCCUGGAGGAAGUUAAGACGGGUUAUGCACUUUUAGACAAUUCUACAGAUUAAAUGGACGCCAUAUCUUCAACAAUAACUGACGAGUUUCUGACGUGUUCUAUUUGUUUAGAGAUCUACAAAGAUCCAAAAAUACUACCAUGUUUGCAUUCAUUCUGUAAAACAUGCAUCGAAAACUUCAUACGGAAGGAAGAUCAAAACACCAAACAUAGCUGCCCCCUGUGUAGAGAAAACUUUAAAAUUCCUAACGAUUCUACAGAUGCAUUAAAAACAAAUUUCUGUUUAAAGAAUCUUAUUGAACUUGUCACCUCUGGCAAACAGGAAGUGACAAAAUUGUGCUCAUUUUGCACUUUGUUGGGUAAAGACGUUGAAGCAUCUGCACAAUGUCUUACAUGUAAAGAUUUGCUUUGUUCUGAAUGCGCCGAUCAUCGACACCGAUCAACGAGAUUCACAUUACAUCACAGAGUUGUUACCCUCGCUGAAGUGAAGACUGGAAAAUACAACGAUGUAAUUCGCUCAAAACAACAAAUUCCUUGUUCUGAACAUACCGACGAGGAUUUAAGAUACUUUUGCGACACGUGUGAUGUUCCCAUUUGUCGAGACUGCAUUGUCCUCAGUCAUCAAGGACAUAAAUAUAUCGCACCAAAAGACGCAAGAGAGAGGUUGGACGAUAGUCUUGGUAAAAGUAUGAGUGCUUUAAAGGAAAACUUAGGAAAACUGAAAUUUGGAAAAGAGAACGUAGAACAUGCUUUGAAUCAACUAGAGGAUGAAAAGCAAAAGUUCAAAGAAGAUUUGGAAAAGCAAUUUGAUGUUGUUGUUGAAAAUAUAAGAAGAUCGAAAAAGUCUAUCGAAAAUGACUUUGAUCGCAUUGUGAAAUCAAGGCAGGAAUCUUUACACAGACAAGGAGAAUCAAUAGAAAAUGAGAAUAAAAAACUGGGUGAGACUGUUUCCUUUUGCAGUAACAUUCUCAGUUGCGGAAGUGAUAUUGAAAUUCUUACAAUGAAAACUGAACUAAAUGAGCGUUUGGCAAAAUUUCAGUCUUUGAAAAAUGUAGAAAGCUGUAAAGUCAAGGAACUCGACCUGCCAACAUUUCAAAUCAACACUGACGGAAAGGUGUUUGGAUUAUCGUUAAAAGAAAGAAAAGGUCAUAAAGGAAGUCCAAAUAUGGGGCAUUUGAUACCAGAGGCAUCUCUCAAUGAUAAUGCUAAAAUGGAAACCGAUUUCCCCAAAUUCAAAGAAAAUGAAAAUAUAACUCUUCCUUUGUAUGUCAAGUCCUUACAAACCCUGGACUGUAAAGAGAAGGGAGACAAAUUUAUACCAAGUUACACCAGCGUGGCAUGGAUUGACAAAGAGACAUGCGCAGUUGUCGACCAAACAAAUCAAAAACUAAAAUUCUUUGGAAUGUCGGGAAAUGAUACUAAAUCAAUGGUUUUCCCUGAGUGUUUGGCGGUUAGUCCUUUCAAAGAUGGAAUAUCGUAUCAUACCACAGGACGCAGGUUGAUUGUCUUAAACAAUUCAAUGGUGAAGGAAAAGGAAUUUAGCGGAGUUUCCACUCUCUUGACUUGUCAUUCGAAGUCUCAACAAGUAAGCUGGAUCUCCGGUUUCGAUAAAAUAUGUGUGUACAGAGACAAGGAAUUGAAAGAAAUGCCAAUUAAAAAUCAGCAUACAUCAGUGAAAUUUGGUAAUCCUAUGUUUGGGCAUGUUCUAUUGAAUGGAAUGUUUAUUGUGUCGGAUUGCGCUAGAGAUUGUAUCUUUAUAAUACAACAAUCAGGUUCCAUAGAAAGAAGGAAAUACUGCAGCCCUGGUGCCGUUUCCUCGGACAUGAACAAUAGAAUUUAUGUAUGCGAUUACCGACAGAGCCUAGUCGUUGUUUUCACUGUUGCUGGAGAGACAUUAAGGACAUAUAAAAUUGCCCCAUUCCUACGUAAUCCAAGGAGUAUUGCUGUAAACACAAGUGGUCGUACAUUAAUUUCAAACGGCCGUGCCAUCAUUUUGGCAGAGUUGAUAUAAAGAAUGUAAAAAAUUCAAAGUAGAAUUUCUGCGAUCAUUCAUCAGAAUCAACACUCAAGAUAAUCAUUUUGAUUUCUUUACAAUCCAUCUGACGUUUUAUUACAAAAAUUAGAUAAACAUGUAUGAAAUACACCCACUAACUAUAAAUGUGGUUUUGACUCAAAUAUAGACAUAAUGCAAUACAUCCAAAGAAGCACAGAAGCACAUUAUCCACAUUAUUGUGUUUGAUGGGAAUAAUAGUUUAGAGUCCAUUCAUUGUUUUAUGCAUUGGAGCAAAACUAUACCAAUUGACACCCUAUUCUUAUAUAGGAAUUAAAUAUACUUGUCAUCUCACCUUAGACAUUUGUUUAAAAGCAUUUCAUACGCCUCUUCCUGUGUUGAAUGUUGCGAAAUCAACUAGUUUUCAUUGCGUGUCAAGUGCACUGAAACCAUGUACCUAUUGAUAUUUGUACAUUUGAUGGAUGGAUUAUUUUAUUCACAAAAUAUUGCUCACAUUGUUAUACUUUGAAUGAAAAUUUCAGAUAUACAAAAAAUAAAGCAUAUAUGUAUUUUCAA